AUGGCCAAGUUCAAUGAAAUGUCCACCCAGUCCAAGGCCGACAAGAUCGAGGAGGUCAAGCAGAACCUUCCCCUCCCCGAGCAGCCCCCCGCCCCCUCCGACUGGCAAUCCGCCGAUGCCCGCACCGUCAACGUCGGCAGCGGCCGCUUCUCUGGCGAUGUUUCCCAAGGCGAGGGCGUCUCCGCUGGUCUCCGCGAGCCCGCCUCUACGGACCCCGCCAAUAUCGACUUUUCCAAGGUUGGCAAGGGCGAGGCGCAGUACGUUGGCAAGGGGCAGAAGGACAAGUCUUCGUAA